UGUUACUGUAAUCGCUACCCAAAUAUAAUCACACGCUUUGAGAGUCGGGCUUCCCGCGUCCACUUGGCCAGUCAUGGCGUCGCUCUUUAGGCGUGCGGGCUCCGCUUCGGAUGAUGAGGGCCCACGUCAGAGGAAAUCGCUCGCUUCCUCGAAGGAAAUUGGUGACCGAUUAGCUCGUAUACUACGCUCGACACGUUCCCACUCGCAUCUCGAAUCCACUCCAGCGCUACCCCCUCUUGAGAUGCCUCCGGAUACUCUUGACCUUACUAGUGAUUGGUCACCCAGUAGAUCACCUCCUACAACCUCUCCUUUCAGUGCCUCCCCACGAUUUCAGGCAGUUGUUCCCACAAGUCCACUUGAGGAUUCUGCGCUUUCACACUCCCCUCCUUUUCAAUCCCCGUUAUCAACUAGUUUUACAUCAGACAUGGAGUUAUCAAAACACGCCCCCUCUUCUGUUACGAAGUCUCUCCCCACCAUUUCCAUUGAAUCAACAUCGCACAAUGUCACUCGCAGGCAAUCCAAGAUUGGAUGGUCUACUUCAAUCGCUGAAAGGCUACGUUCCUUGCCCUCCAAACCUGUCCCCACUGGUUACAUGAGUACGACCGAUGGCAUGGAUACGGAGACGGAAUGGGAUGAUGCCGCGUUCUUUUCUAGUCACUCGCAGCCGCGUCUACUCGACAUAUCUUCUGAUCAUUUGUUUUCGUCCGAAGAUGACAGAGUACAACCUCGGACCUGGACUGCCGCUGAGAAGGGCAAAGGCCGUGCAGAACCCUUGGGGUUCCCAAGUACUCGUCCACACACCGCAUCCAAUGCCAGUUCUGCGUCCUCCGGGGCUCCACCCUCGAGCUUUCUUCCUGGGAGCACCACCCCACCACCGCCGGUCCCACCGCUUCCCCCACAAUUUCAGUCAAGUGCGGCAGUUAAAGACCAAACGAAGACCUUAUUCGUAGACACGAAGCGAACUUCACUUGAGGAAAUACCUCAAGGGGAGGAUUUUGUUAUCGCGAUUGUUGGCCCACCGAAGUGCGGGAAGAGUCAGUUCGUCUGGAAAGGGCUCAAAUGUUGGGGCCUGGAGUAUGAACCAGCAGCCACGCAGUUUGGAGCAACAACUACUCUUACUCGCAAAGCAUGGAUAGUGGCGAAGCGGCAAGAAUCCGAACUUCGGACUCGCUUCCGGGGAGUUUUCCUGGAGGUGGACUCCCAACAGCUUGUCAGACCGGACACGCGGGAAGCGAUCGAACACGAUACCGGGCAGUGGGCUUGGCCCGAACCGCUUUCAAAGAUUGACGCAGUGGUGAUAUGCUACGAUGGUAGCGAUAUUGAUAGUUAUCGUGAGAUUGUCGAUCUCUGCGAAGCGUAUCAUCGCUUGCAAAUUCCGGCCGUACAAGUUCAUCUCAAGUCGGAUUUGCCGUUCCAGGUGAACCCUUACCUAUCUCAUCGUUGUGCCAACCAUUAUUCCACGGGAUUAGCGAAGGUGUCAACAGAGACCGAAGAGGGUAAGCAACGAUGCCGUGACGUCUUUCAAUGGCUCUUCAAGUGCAUACUCAAACAAAGAGAAGGCCGAUUGCCGUAUGGAAACAGCGAGUAUUGGAGAAAUCCUGCAUCUCCUGAAAUGCUCUCUCCAAGAACGUGGGAGUUUGCCGAGCAUGAACCUCCCUCGCCUCCUGCCGCUCAUCUCCCUUCGCUUCCACCCUCUCGUACUCACACGCCGACAAAUGACGCCUCGAUCCGUUUAAGUGGCGAGAAGGAGAACACUCUCGAUGCAAUGCCCGCGGCACCUCCAAAUCAGUUUCCUGAGCUAGUUGGUCCUGAGCCGAAGAAAACUGUCCCUAGUGCUUACAUGGGUAGACGGCCAAGUGUGGUUCGAUUCACUGGUGUUGAUGAGGACGAUUUGGAGAGGCCUUUGACACCUCCCGAUUUUAACCGCGUUGCAACCCCCCCUGUGGUCACUUCUGGUACCGAUACCACUCCUAAGAUUACUGUGGUCGACGAGGCGCCCUCGGGCGAUGAAGUAAGUAAGCCACUGAAGCAGAAGCCACUGUUGCCGCCCCCACCAGAAUUGUCCCCUGUUGACAAGGCAAUCCGUGACGCUCAAUUGGCAAAGAAGCGAAAUAAUCCCCAGUUGUUUGGUACUUUUGAUACGAUUAUCAACAAGCUUAUUCAUGUUUGUGUGACACUUGACAAUACUGAAUUUAUCAACACUUUCCUCAUCACUUAUCGACAAUUUGCUACCCCGCGUAAAGUUCUUGCGGCCCUUCGCAAGAGGUUGGCAGUCCUCGCCCUUGAACAAGUGGAAAUACCACUGGCACAUUUCACUGAGCUGAAAAUUGCGGGUUUCAUUGAACGAUGGCUCAACGAGCACCCAAACGACUUCUCCAGCAAACGCGCAAAUCUUGAGCUCAUGACAAUCCUUCGAAUGAUGGUUAAGCGGACGCAUUUGUUACAUUAUGCAACCGAUUUGCUCCCCGUUGCGAAGCGUGUCGCAAGGAUAGAAGAUGACCCGGAUGCGGCGUGGACCAUUGCAGAAUCAGAGGAAGAAACUAUGACUGAGGCAGAGGGACCUCGCAAAGCUGGACGUCAUGUCAAGAAGAAGAGGUCGACAAGGCAGAAGGCCCAUGGUAUCCGAGUAGCCGUCUCUACUACUACGACAGUGAGGGAAGUUGACGAGUCGGGACCCGCUGAGACCACGGCACAGCGAGGCGAUGGGUCAAAGGCACAGUUGCCUGUGCCGCCCACGUCUCCUACGGAAGACCGCAAAAUUGCGGUUACGAUCUUACCUUCGUCUCUGACGAAUCAGAAGGUACCAAAGCGCAGUCGAUCGACGCUAGCACUUUCGUACCUAGACUCUUUCCGGUCUCCAUCGAGGAAGACGAUCAACCCGCUGCCGUUGGAUGCUGACCCUAAGACUAUGCUCAGGGAAUUGAAUAAAGCUGUGGACAUUUUUCUGAAGAUGAGUUCUCCAGAGGUUGCGGAGCAGAUUACGAGGGACCUUCUACCGAUUUACCUUUCAGUUACCGUGGGCGACCUGUCAUUCCAGCUUAACGAGUGGGGUGCUAACAUUUUCCCCCAGCCCCGGGACUGGUUGCGGCACGUUUACAGGUCACAACGAAAAGAAGAAGUUGUUCAACCCACUGUUCUCGAAAAAAUUGCGUCUGCCGUCGCUCACAGGUUCUACUAUUGGGUACUCUCGAUGAUCAUUGCCCCUGAUGGCUAUAACAAGCGUGCCAAAGUGGCAGAACACUUCAUUCAUGUUGCCGACGCACUUCGCAAGCACAACAAUUACUUUUCUCUUCACUUUGUCAUCAAUGCAAUUCGACAGGCUGUCCCUGAUCAGGGAGUUUUGUACCAGAAGUUGGUGGACGUGGAGGAAUCGCCAUGGAAGCGCUUCCUUUCGAUGGAAGUACUUGUUUCAGCUUUUGGAGGGUCGAAAGCGUAUAAGCUUGCACUUCAAAAUUCGUCGGGCCCAGUUCUUGUGGACCUGUCAUCGCAUACCAAGUGGGCAGCUGGAGUUACUGAGAACAUGUCAGCGUACAAGCCUGACAACAAGGCUAAGAUAAACUGGUCCAAAUAUGAGUCUCAGGCCAAGAUUAUCCGAGCAGUCGUGGCGUACCAGAAACGCUUUGAUACUUGCGAUAGUCAUGCCUUCCCUGAACGGUCACUUAUCAGGCACGUAUUGGAUGACACUCCAAUUUUGCCUCGUGAGGUCAUCAUGAGGCGGAUCCUACCAAAGACUCCAGAAGACGGCAGCGAGCAUCCAACGUCCCACAAGUUCAGGAAAUUCCUUGGCCUUCACGAACCCACCGACUCGCCUUCAGCUUAGCGCACCGCUACCUGCGUGCACCCCACACUUUGUCUCUGCUGCACUCAUCCUCGUCUUUCCAAAUUGAUUUGCGUUCCGCGCUACACACCCACUUGGCAACCCCCUACGUUUGUUUGAUUUAUGAUUCUAUUUUCGUAAACUCCAGUAUACCCAUUGUAGCUCCUCCCUCGUGUUUCCCCUGUGCAGUCCAACUUGUUUUCUCCCUUCGUGUCUCCGUACCAUUACAUUUGUGGCUGAUGAUGUCUCCUGUUUCAACAUGUAUCUAACCAUCUAAGGACAACAACUCGUGUACAGACCAUUUGUGAGUGCACUAAUACAUUCACUGGAAUGGUUGCUUUGCAACCAUGACCACCUUGGAUACCC